ACAGAAUCAGUAUAAUACUAUUUACAGGAUAUUGUUUAGGAAGUACGUGCAUCAAGUAUGCUUGAAUAAACUAGUAAGUGAUUCUUCAUUUUGGAGUAAUAGCGAGAGCUUGCAGUUGCUUUUAAAGAAAUCGUGAUUGAUAAAGUGUGUCAUUGGCUUAUAAUGAACUGUAUAAGGAUGAAGUGAAAUAAAUGGUGAUUUGUAAGAUACAGUUAUACAAUUGGCUAUUUUUAAGCUAUAAAGAUGUUGCCAUUCAGUGUGAUGAACUUCAUAACGUGUAUCUUAGUAGUUUUUGGACUUAUUGGAAACACAUCGGUUUUCAUGUUCUUUAUGUUCAAAUGUAGGCGGACAUCAACAUUUUUUUUAAUUGGUAUACAAGCUGUUGCAGAUGUUUGUGUUUGUGUUAUGAUUUUUCUGAUCAUAUUUACUUAUGAUAUGGGUAGUAGGUUUUCUGUGUUGCGCAAGUUGACAGCUUUCUUUGCCCUAUGGUCGUUGUUUUUCUCAACAUUAGUAUUGACAAUCAUUGCUAUAGACAGACACAGAAUGAUAUGGGCCCCACACCGAUGGCAAAUUACUAUAAAAUAUGCACGGAUUAUCAUCAUAUGCGGUGGAUUUUUUUGUGGUCUUUGGACAAUGCGCAGUCCUAUCAUGUUUAAUUACUGCGAGAUACAGGUUGAGAGAGGCAAUUCAUCCUUCGUGAGAAACUCUUGCAUGCUCAAUGAAACAUUAGCAACUAUGGCAAUAGUAUUCAGUGUCUGUGACUUUCUAUUCAUAUUAGUGGAAUUUAUUGUAAUUGCUGUAUGUUAUUCUAUGAUUAUAUUUAUAAUCAGGAAACAAGCCAAAUUAAAGAAGACUCUUAUGAAACGGAAAAUUAACACACAUAUGCCACAAAGUAUUGGCAGUGGAAAUGAAACUGCACUUAAUGAACCGAGUGACACUGAUAACAUAACAACAGUGAAAUCAUACAGCGCAAAUAUGAUCGACAAAGUUCAAUCACGAACAGCUGUAGAUGUACAUUCAGCAAAAUAUCAAUCUGGCCAAUCCAAACCAGCGACAGAAAUGAAACCACAAUCAGAAGAGAAAACAGAUCACAUAAACAUAACCACCACAAGCGCCAAAGAGAAACGCGUAGUGUUUAUGGUUAUGACAGUGACAGGUUUCUUUCUUAUAUGUUUUUUCCCAUUGUUUGUUUUGAAAAUAGUCAUUCGCUUUGGCAGAUCAACAGAUGAAAUGCAUUAUUCGUACUUUGUUGCCACUCUCAUGGUGUUCCUCAAUAGUGUCAUCAAUCCCUUUAUUUAUCUAGUAUUUAAUGCCAAAUACCGUCAGUUUUUGACCCCGAGAUGGUUCAAAUGCAAUCAGGGAUGAAAGGUCUUAAAUCGAUCUUAAUGUUAUAAUGAUGUACGAUGUCCUAAUUUAGGACGGUAUGAAAUACUUGAGUCGUUUCUGAAUGUGGUAUUAAUUGUAGGAUUUCGAAAAAAGUGCAUACAUAAGCCGUUAUGUAUUCCAUGUAUUGGAUAACGGGCCUCUUGGCCUAUUUAAAUAUGUAUUAUUUGUUAUAUUCGUAUAAUAAGCUUACUGUCUUCUUCUUCUUCUUUUCUCUGGAAGAAAAUAAAUGCAUCAAAUCGACCAAAAUGUAUUUUUUCUGGCCUUAAAUAUAUUUAUCUUAGUGAUUGACGAGUAGUACGUAUAGUACAUGGUUGAUGUUAUGCUUCACAUAUACAGUCCUAUAAAAUAUACAAAUUUACUAUGGUUCCAUGAGUAACACCAUCUAGCUACCAACAGGUCAUCAUGCAAUAGCAAAAGAGCUUCGUUACGGUAACCGGAAGAUGACAAUAGGUUAUUCUGAGAAUAGAUGGAACAGCCCACCACUUUAGCUGGCUCAAAGAAUUGAAUUAUUAAAGGUCAUGCCUUUGCUGUUAUCAAAAACAUCUACCCAGGUUAACACCUAAUGGCUGAAUUAAGUGAUCCACAAAAGAGUAUUUUUACCUUGUUUAAAAGUUAAAAUGGCUAAGCCUAGUUUAAAACCGCAUAUAUAAUAGUUAGUCUGCUUCUGGUUAGGAUUCUACAUAAUUUGCAAAGC